GAAUCAGGAUGAAGUCUCAAAAUUGAAGCGGGGCAGGGUGAUCUAGCCCAUCGCCCUGCCUUAUAGCUUCAUGCGAGGCAGGUCGCCGAGGUGCCUCCGCUACUUGCCCCCCCGGAUCCGAACUUCCCGAAGCAGGCUGAGCAGCACCACACCACGUCUCUUGUCCAAUCCUGGACAUGUCAUCUCGCAUCUCGCCAUCGCAUGUGUUCAAACCAACUUCCGAUCGCUGUCAUCGUACCCAUCUCUUCUUUCGCCACGUCAUCAGACCCUGUCAGUCGCUCAGUGUAGUAGUAUCCCAGGAUGGAAGGCCGCGAUAAUCUGGACCCAGCAAGCGGUCCACCAACAUUGCUCGGGGAUUUCCCUUCGUUCAGCUAUGCGGACCAGUUGGAGAACAAGCAGGAGAGAAGGAAUCGGACGGUACAGAGCUGCACAGAAUGCAGACGGAGAAAGACCAAAUGUGACCGCGUCUUCCCGUGUGGUCCGUGCAAGACAAGAGGAGUCAAUGCUAGGGAUGCUUGUGUCGAGUAUCAGAAACCUUUACCCGAAGGUCUAACAGGAUACACUCACCUUCGGGAUUUCGACACUCUCGUCUCCAGGGUGUAUGAGCUGGAAUGUCUCGUCAGUGCCAUGUUUAGGGGGGAACAUCUGACGCUUCCCGAGCAUACGGGCACGGGACAACAGAACGCCAUCGCAUCUGGUUCGAGAUCGGUCCGAUUCGCUCCUGGGCCUUCUAACGAACCAAUUGGCGAAGGCUCGAAACCCCAAGCAACAAGACAGGAUUCCUUUUUCGACGAACCCAUGGAUAACAUUGAUUUCCAGGUCGACGGUAUGGAAGAGACCUGGGAUAAUGCCGGCCAGAACCACAACCUGCCAAACGAGACGGAUCAGUCGCGACUGGUGGUGGGUAGACACCCUCGUUCCUCUUCUGCCCGACAGGAUACCAACAACAGUACGGACCCGGCCAUGAACCUGUCAGGUCCUUCGAUGUCUGUGAUCCCACCAAAUCCGCCGGUUGGCAUUUCACCGCCUUUCAGGACACAUUGGCAACAGGCCGGCAGCUUGCAGGGUCGAAGCUUUGCAGGCCCUUCCAUACAGAACAGUGAACCCGUGAGCAAGGCUCCAAGUUUGACCGAACACGACGCUGCUCUGCUGUUGGAGGACAUGGUUUAUGAUCGCAAGGUGAUGCGCGAUGGUAAUACCGGUUUGCCAGGCAUGACGAGCGAAUCCCGAUCAACGCCUUUGGAGCUACCACAAGAUUUAACGCCUAAAUCGGUUGACGGACAUGCGGUUGGGCAGGAGCUAAUCCAUAUUCCCGGCCUUGAUCGUCUGCCGCCGCUCGCUCUGGCGCAGUACCUUUUGAGCCAUUUCUUGUCCGAUAUUGAAUGGCUGUUUCGAUGCCUCCAUAUACCAAGCUUCACUCAAAGGGUGCAAGAUUUUCAUCGCCAAUUUACGACUUCCGGAGGCGUCUCAUCGGAUCAAGCAGCCUUUCUCCCGCUCUACACGGCCUGUCUGUGUGCUUCGCUUCACCUGAUGACAGACGAGGUUUUACGCAACACGGGUUACAACCAGAAGGAGCGUGAUGCCGCUCUUUCGGAUUGGAAUGAACUGCUAGAGGUGACCCUGGUGAAGAUCGAUUGGGCGGGCUCCCCUAGGCUGGAAUCGCUCCAGGCUUUCAUAAUCAUCGGUCCUUACUGGUCUUCCAUCAACCGGUCCGAGUCCCAUCUUGCUCAACUCGGAACAGCCAUCAAGGUCGCGAUGAACAUGGGAUUAUCUCGGCUGGGACCAGAGCUAGCGAUGGAGUCCACCUCGGCCCAAAUUGCACAGCAUUUUGGGCGACGAUGGACCAAUGCGAGCGAUCGCGAAGUCGGCCGUCGAGUCUGGUGGGCCCUGGUUGAGCUGGAUUGGAUCGCUAGUCUUGAACAUCGUUUUGAUCAUGUCGCUUCCAUCGAUCAUGCCACCUGCGCUCAACCUGCCAAUAUUUCGGACGAGGCUCUGAUCGGUCAUGGUCCAAUCAUAUCGGAGCCCAUGUCCACGCGUACCGAUAUGAGCUUUUUCUUGAAUAGGCUAUCUUUCCUAUACCCCGUUCGCAACUUUGUGCAGGCCGUCCUCAGUGCUGGCAAAUUAAGUUACGAUUUGAUCAUCAGCACUCAGGAGGGAUUCAUGAGCGUGAUCUCGCAGCUUUCUCCUUUCUAUCGUCUGAAUGCCGAUUUUGAAAUGGAUCCAACGCAAUGGGCAACAGACGCUGCAACAUUACAGCGAUUGAGCGCAGAGAAACAGCUCAUCAACACACACGGCCACUAUCAAAUCCUCAGACUACAUCGAUUCUAUCUCAACAUGGCUUACCGCUCUCAUAAGUAUGCAUUCUCCAAGGAUGUCACAUUGAAAUCGGCCAGCUUCAUACUCGGCACGAAUCUAGCCCAAUCCCCUGCGAACAGUCUUCUCCGCUAUUGGCCUCUUGCUCAUAGCAUCUUGUCGGCAACUAUCGUGAUUCUCAUGAAUCUUUGUCACGCAGGACCGUUUGAAAUCGAUGACUUAGCAUUCUUGGUCCGGCGCGGGAUUGGAUCUCUUCGCCGGUUACAGGGCUCCGCUGCAACCUCCCGUUCGGCGGACGUACUGCAAAAGCUAUAUGACGCGGAAAUGAGAAGCAAGAGAGAUGAGCAGACUUCCCCUCAGGACUAUGCGCCUGGAAAAAGGAAGCGACCAUUCGAGGAUCCCGGCAAAUUCGGUGGACUGUUGAAGAGAGUUCUAACGAAUCCUCACACCCCACAGCAUCCGAUAGAAGCAGGUCGUACGGAUUACAGCUUCGACAAUAGCCUCAAGUCGGAUUUUAACCCUAUCGGAUUCAAUUUCAAUAACCUCGCAGACGGGUUCUCGCAGACUGUCGACUCGUCCCAAUCAGGCAUCAUCAAUGCAGGGCAGGAUGCAGGAGCUGCAAUCGACACGUUUGACUGGUCGACAAUACUGAUGGGCGACUCAGGCGGUCAAGAUGAUCAGCAAUUUUUGGAGCUCUUGAGAUGGACGAUACCAGAAUUUGGUGAUGAGAGCGCAGGCGUGCCUUCGAAUUAAUAACUGAAGAUGAUUAGAGAUGUGAAGGCGUAGACUAUAUGCCUCGAUGCUGCAACUCGAUAGUACUAUAGCAUAAUCAACCAUA